UUCAGUUCCUCUACAAAACGACAACCAAGCAGCAUCUGCUGCGUGGUACCUUUUCUCUCACUGAGCUCCUUAUCUGUCAGCGGGGCGUGAGCUGUGGCAGCAGCGCGGCGGAUUUAACUCACCCGGCUGAUCUUGGCAAAAAGAAAACCUUCAUGAAGCUUCCCGGCAAUUAAAACGACUUGGUCCGUAAUGUUGACAGUCCUGGUUCACGUCCUCCUGAUGCUGCUUGCUGUUCAGUGUUUGCGACCUGGAGCUCCCGUUCAUUCAGUCGCCCUGGACGUCCCCUGGCAAGAUGAGGUGUGCUGUGACUCACCUAUUGCUUACACUUAUAUAGAAGAAGGGACAAGCCAGUCUGAUUUAAACCUCCCACAGUCUCCACGCUGCAAAUUUAGGAGCUCCUCAGCUGAAUCAAAACCUCCAGUGUCUCUAGGCGGCACCUGUUUGGACGUUCUGUGCGGAUUUGAUGAAUCCUGGUCAAAUUUAACUUGUGAUCUUAAGUCCAGUGGCCUGUCAUCUGGUAUGAUGAAGCCCAUUCGUAUGGCAGUCAGCCUCCAGCAGAUCUCUCCGGAAAACGACACAGAUUACCAUGCAUCUGAACAUCAGGUUGUGUGUGAUGCAGAGGAUUCACUCAUGUGCUCAAUUCAUCUCAAUUCAACAAGAAUCUCUGCCGUUCGGCUAACGGUCAAUGUCUCCAAUGUUUUGGCUCCACCGGUUUUGCUGAGAAUUUCUCCCAGAUCUGUGAAACCAAGUCCUCCAUUCAACCUGUCACACGUUCAGACUGUGGAGGGAGAUCUCAUUGUCAGCUGGAAAGAGCCAUUAGACUUUAGUGAUGAUUUGCUAGCCUAUGAAAUCCGAUAUUCCCACGAAAAUACCAACAAGAACACCCAUAAAAACUGGCAGGUGGUGUCUGCACUUGAAAAGCCCAAUGUGUCAGUGGAUUUGAAACCCUUACUGAAAUACGCCAUCCAGGUUCGCUGCACCACCCAAACUCAGCUGUGGAGCGACUGGAGUGACCCCUACUAUAUCACCCUGAACAAAGUGAGCUACAUCCCUCAAAUGGUAGUGGCGCGAGCCGGCGAUAAUGUAACGGUUUAUUGUGUGCUAAACGGCCAGAGCGCCAACGCAAAUACGGCCAUGUGGUCCCUCAACCGAAGGGUGCCGCUUGAUCCCAGUUUGUAUCAUCCUGUCAACCAGCGGGUCAGCCAGAUCACAUUCACAGCUUCAGAAACUGGGUUGUCUGACCUGCUGACCUGCACACAGGAGUGGAAUAUUCCUUAUAGCAAGAUCUAUGUGGAAGGAGGAUUCAUCAGCAUCACGUGUGUAACCAACGGUGACAUUGACACUAUGACCUGCAGAUGGGAGAACAAAGAGUGGGAAAUAGUCAAAUUCCGGUCCAAGAGUGCCGAGAUGUCAUGUGACGAGAUGGAGGAAAGGGUGAGAGGUGGCGAGGACGUUGGUGAGAUGGGACAUGAAUGCAUGCCAAUCAAAACUACAGAGAAAGUCUGCACAUUCCACCCUUUGAAGAUGAAUUGCUACAAACUGUGGCUUGAAUUGCAUACCCGCCUAGGUGUCAUCAGGUGCAAACCUGUUUAUGUAUCACCCAUAAAUCAUGUAAAACCUCACCCUCCCACUGAUGUGACGGCGGUGAGCCGGAGCGGAGGGAUCCUGAGGGUAACUUGGAAACAGCCUUCUCUGCCGGUCGAAGGCCUGCAGUGUCAGUUUCGGUACUACUUACUCGACGUUUUAGAGAAAUGGAAGUUUGAGAAGCCUGUGUGGGUUACCUGGGCCGAGGUUGAGGUACCAGACAUGUGCCAGAUCUACGUGGUUCAAGUACGCUGCAUGCACACCAGUGGGAUCGGAUACUGGAGUGAAUGGAGUGAGUCUGUCCACUCCACCGCUCAAAACAGCAGAGCUCCUGAACGUGGGCCUGAUUUCUGGAGAAUACGUCAAGAUGACCCAGACAGAAACCAGUCCAACAUCACUCUGCUGUUUGAGUCUUUCUCAGCAAAUUGGAAUACCUACUGUGUGGAUGGAUUUAUUGUCCAGCACCAGGCGUCGAAUGGAUCUGUGCUGAGGAGGCAGAUCGAUAUGGUGUCCUCCUACAGCUUUGAGUGGAAUCAGGAGCUCCACAUUGUGACUGUGGAAGCCUACAAUAGUCUGGGGAGCUCUGUUAACAACGUCAACAUGACGCUGGAGAAACAACCUAAACGUAAGAAAAAAGGAAUUAACAGGACAUUUCAGCAAUCCCUGAGGGAAUGUAAUCUACUUAGUAUACAACAAUGAGAGGCUGAACUGUUGUGAUGUUUGUCUGUUCCUGAGAAAUAUUUAGUCACUGUUUCACUGGAACUACUGGAACAAUACAAAUUCUAAUUUUGUUUUUAGAUGAGAUCAUAUCAGAUGAUCACGUUGACUGCAUUUCCAGUAAGGCUCUUGAAAAUGAUUUACAUAAUGGCUGGGCUUCAUGUUCUUCUGUAGUUUAUGAAUUAACUACAAAUUUCAAGGUUAGUUUAAUAUGUGAUCAGGAUGUGGUGUCAAAAAAGACUUUAUUGUGUGAGUCUGUGCUGGUGAACACAAUACUCGGAUGCUGAAAUGCGAAUGAUUUAAAUAAUUGAAUGACAUGAAUGCAUCAUAAAUACAGAUUAAAUAUAAACUGAAUCUAAAGGCACCUUUAGAUAUUUGUA